UCUCUCAUUCAGUCCCCUCCCCCCUGACAGGCCAGAAGCUGCCCUGAUCCACCCCACCUCUGCCACGAACCCCCCAAAUUUGGUCUCCCCUUGAUGUGCCCUUCCCCAAGGGGAAGGGGUGGGGACCCCAAUUACACAUCCCCAAUUACACCCCCAGCCCCUCCCGCUCUCUGCCCCCCUCCCUUGGCCACGGCCCAGCUCUUGGCGUGUCACGCUCCGCUGAGCUGCGCUGGGGCAGGUCCUGGCGUGUGGGGCGGCUCUCGUCUCCCACAAUGCCCUGGGCCGGCCCGGUUGGUGUCUGAGCUCCCACAAGCCCCAGCGUGACCCAGGUGGCCCGGCACCGCGGCUCCCACGAGCCCCCUGCAUGGCUGAGCCACCCGAAGAUGCUGACCCCGACCGGGGGCAGCCAUGCCACGCGUGUGGGGACCAGUGUCCAGGCUUCCUGGUGCACGGAUGGAGGAAGAUCUGCCAGCACUGCAAGUGCCCUCGGGAGGAGCACGCAGUGCGGGCGGUGCCCAUCGACCUGGAGCGCAUGAUGUGCCGGCUCAUCUCGGAUUUCCAGCGCCACUCCAUCUCUGACGACGACUCGGGCUGCGCCUCCGAGGACUACGCCUGGGUGCCCCCUGGCCUUAAGCCGGAGCAGGUGUAUCAGUUCUUCAGCUGCCUCCCUGAGGACAAGGUGCCCUAUGUGAACAGUCCCGGGGAGCGGUACCGGAUCCGCCAGCUCCUGCACCAACUGCCCCCCCACGACAGCGAGGCUCAGUACUGCAGCCCUCUGGAGGAGGAAGAGAAGAAGGAGCUGAAGCUUUUCUCCCAGCAGCGGAAGCGGGAGAAUCUCGGGCGGGGGACGGUCCGGCUGUUCCCGGUCACCAUUACUGGUGCCAUCUGUGAGCAGUGCGGGAAGCAGAUCCGUGGCGGGGACAUCGCGGUCUUUGCCAGCCGGGCGGGGCAUGGGGCCUGCUGGCACCCCCAAUGCUUCCAGUGCACCACCUGCCAGGAGCUGCUCGUGGAUCUCAUCUACUUCUACCAGGAGGGGAAGGUCUACUGCGGGCGGCAUCAUGCCGAGCACCUCAAACCCCGCUGCCAGGCCUGUGACGAGAUCAUCUUUGCCGACGAGUGCACGGAGGCCGAGGGCCGUCACUGGCACAUGCGCCAUUUCUGCUGCUUCGAGUGCGAGGAGGCGCUGGGCGGGCAGCGUUACGUCAUGCGCCAGAGCCGCCCCUACUGCUGCCGCUGCUACCAGGCCCUCUACGCCGAGUACUGUGACGCCUGCGGGGAGCCCAUCGGCAUCAACCAGGGCCAGAUGACGUACGAGGGCCAGCACUGGCACGCCACCAACACCUGCUUCUGCUGCACCCGCUGCCGGCAGCCGCUGCUGGGCAAACCCUUCCUGCCCAAGGGGGGACAGAUCUUCUGCUCCCGGGGCUGCAGCCUGGGAGGGGAUGAGGCCAGCGCCUCAGACUCCUGCGACUCGGCCUCCCGGCCACCAGGUGGGCGCGGGCCCCCCCCGCACCCCCCUCUGGCCCGCUCAUCUCCUUCGCUGACCGCCCUGCCCGGCCCGGCGUGGCCCGGCUGGGCGCCGCAGCUGAGCGGGACCCCGGAGCGAGGGAGGAGUUGAGCUGGCUGGAUGCAC